UCCCACUAUUAUACUACACCCAAUCAACUGCGAGCAACAAGAAUAUUUUUGCAUAAGAGAUGUCUUAUCCAAUCACCUACAAGUAUUUACACGAUUUAAUUCGCAUAAUUAUCCUACAGCCAAUCAGCAUGUAGAGGGGCGGGACUAACGCACUGGUACCAGUCACUAGUUGCCUUUGAGUCCAACGGCUACAUUUCAAACUAGAAUGGCGACCGCCGUAUGCGGUCUGCAGUCUACCGGCAGUGAUAGUAAUAGUAAACCAGCCAAGACACACCAAGAGCACCGGAGGAAAGCGAAAGAUUCAAAAAGGAGACAGGCGGCUCUGUUGUUCCUCACUAAUAUCUCACUCGACGGGCGGCCCCAGUAUCAGCUUAGCGAUGGAAAUACCGACCAAAAAGCCGCCGAGGAGCACAGACUCAGAGACUGCGGCGCAACGGUCGUGCCCCUGCCGGCGGAUAGCCAAGGACCGGUCGCCCAGGUGACAGAACCCGCUGCGUCCGGUAGUGGCUCGUCCUCCAGCUUUCCAGGGGUGAUCAGCUCCACCCGACCUUCUUUGGUAAUGUCACCCGGACUUGCCGGGGCAAAUGCUGUGGGGGCUAACGAGGUAUUUUUGGAGGGUGGCAGUGCGGCCGAGACGCUAACCCCGGACACCCCUCUGUCUCCUGUGCCCACCGGACACCAGCCCUGCUCCCGCGUCAGGUCAAUGCCCGCCGCGCUGAGCCCGGUCCCGGCCGGCAAUUCUCUGGAUUCACGGCAGAGGUUGAGGAAUGUCUCUGGUUCUCCUGGACCCAAGGUGCCAAAGAAAGUCCACUUCAUCAAGAGUAUGAGGCAGUAUGAUACCAGGGGAUGUAGGAUCGUGCUGAUUUGUGCCAAGCGGUCGCUAUAUGCUGCUUUCUCAGUGCUGCCCUAUGGAGAGAGUGCUCACCUCAGUGAUCCUAAGCUGGAGACUCAGAGACAAAGGCUGUCUUCUGUGGUGGCCGCUGACCUGCUUCCUUCCCUGGAAGGUGUGGAGCUGGGCGCCUGUGGCAAGACGGUGUCAUACGCUCAGUUCCUUUAUCCGACCAAUGCAUUGGUGAGACAGAAGAGCGGCGGCGCGCCAGAGGGCUGCACAGUUCAGACCCCUCAGUCGCGUUUCCGUGGCAACGGGCAGAGGAACUUCACCCCUGCUCGUCUGAACAACAGUGUGGCACAGGAACCAUGUAUAGAGGAGGUGGCAGAGUAUGAUCCUAACCUGCUCAGUGACCCUCAGUGGCCCUGUGGGAGACACAAGAGGGUUCUGAUAUUUGCAUCAUACGUGACGACUAUUAUUGAGUAUGUGAAACCAUCUGACCUGAAGAAGGACAUGAAUGAGACUUUCAGGGAGAGGUUUCCUCAUAUCAAGCUGACUCUGAGCAAGAUAAGAAGCCUGAAGAGGGAGAUGCGGGCCGUGAGUGAGGAGUUUGGUCUACAGCCGGUCACCACAGCGAUGGCUUAUGUUUACUUUGAGAAGCUGGUGCUGCAGGGUCGCCUCAACAAGCAGAACAGGAAGCUGGUGGCAGCGGCGUGCGUGCUGCUGGCUGCAAAGAUCAGCAGUGAUCUGAGGAAGCCAGAAGUCCAACAGCUCAUUGAUAAGCUGGAGGAGCGUUUCCGUAUAAACAGACGAGAGCUGAUUCCUCUGGAGUUCCCGGUGCUGGUUGCCUUGGAGAUGGGACUUUACCUGCCCGAGAGCAAGGUCAUGCCGCACUACCGCAGACUGGUGAAGCAGGGUUGGACUGGAUACGGUGAUAUCUGACACUCCGGUGGUUUCAUUAAUAACAUCAGCAAGUGUAUGUGCGGUGAAGUAAUUAGGACUUUGAAUCAGAAGUGGCUGAGUGUGUGUGUGUGUGUGUGUCGACCAGUUUAUAAGCUGUGCUGUUUGAAACAAAUAAUUCUGGUACUAUUUAUUUUCUGUCAGUCGUGACUUGAGUCACUCACUGUAUCUGAAGAAUAAGUAGUUUACAUUUGUUGGCAUGUGCGUCUCCCUGAAUGUGUUUUUAAGCGUUUGUUACAUGUGACGUUCUGAUGUCGAUCCAAUCAUGAGCUCUAUGUUAGAGACGUUCAGUGAGCACGUUAAUUGUGCUUUUAUUUUGGUUUCUUGUGAGCCUUUUUUUUGUACAUCCUAGUAUUCUUCACCUCUAUUUAAAUGAAAUUUACGCUGUGAUGUUUGUGUUCGUGAAAACUUAUCUCCUGCACCUUUCUCAUUACUAUACACAGCCAGUAUAGUAAUUAUUAAAAAUGACAAAGAAUCAUACUGUUGAUUUUGUAAAUGCCUUUUAAACCCCACUGUGACACCGACGCGUUUUUAGCCGUUAAACUAAAACAUAAUAAUGUAAUUGUGGGUAGAAAACAGGAUUUUAGUUUUAGUCUAUUAUUAGAGAAGGAAGUGGCCUUUAAUUUAUGUAUUUAUCUUGUUCUUGAAUAGAAAGAAAAUUUGUUCAGACUCUUGCAGCAGCUCUGUUAUCGGACUGUGCUGAUAUACUGUAUAACCUUGGUUAUACGGUGAGGAAACAGGAUUGUGGAGGUAUAUUAUUUAUAGUUAAUGUGUUUGUUUUAUUUUAUGUUUCAUGUCGUUACCCAGGGAUAUGUUUUUGUAAAAUGCACUGGAAUUUAUUCCUCAGUAGUCUGGCUAGUUGUCGUCAUAUACUUCAUUUCUCAGGAAUUUUACUUUCUCAUAUCUUUUGAAUGGCUCAUCAGAUCUAACCCAAAGAGAAGUUGAACGUUGUUACUGUAGCUGUUAUCACUGAAAUUACCUGUGCGCCAUUGUAAGUCAGUGGAAGGUAACUGAUUGUAGUGCUUUGACAGAAUGGGGAAAUCCAACCAUUGUGACUCUUUAAGUAUGUGAACAGAUGCUUCUACACGUGCCAGACGGUAUUAGCCUGACUGCAGUACUUAUUGUGUAGUAACUCUUCUGAUUCACACGCCAUUAGGCGUACACGUAUGAGGGGAAAAGUGCCUGAAACUACAGUGAAAUGGUAAACCAGCUUAUAAGUGAUAUUUAGCGUUGACAUUUCUUGCUGCUGUAGAGAUCUUUAGAUGUUGAGGACGUUCUUGUCUGGGAAAGAUAAGACUUUUUACAAUCGUGGACAUGAUGGUGAUUCAGUUUAUUGUCUGUGUCUGCAGUGGUGAAAAAAAUUUAUUAAAAUAAAAAGAUUUGUGUAACUGCAGGACAUGUUGUACUUGUAUGGUUGGUGUCAAAUGGGUGAAUAUUAACUGUUUUCAUGCUGUAAAAUGAAUGUUUUUGAAAUAUAUUUUCAGACACUGAAAAGUCA